AUGUCAUCGAACCGUAUAAUAAAGGAAAGAAUGCCAAUAGAAACCAUUUAUAUCAAUAGGUUAGAAGAGAAGGUGCCCAUAUCGAAGUUGAAACUGACGAUUCGUAGGGUAUUUGGCCAAUGUGGAACAAUUAUAAGCAUCGAAGCCAACAGUAGUCUAAAACGACGCGGACAAGUAUUUGUCACUUACAGUAAGAAAGAAGAGUCCAAAGCGGCAAUAGAGCGGUUUCAAGAUUUCAGAUUAUUCAGGAAUCCUAUUAAAGUAUCUUAUGCCCACAGUACAUCUGAUAAAAUACUUAGAUUGAACGGUGAGAUGGAUAAGAUUCAAGAACGAAGACGACUCAGAAAGAAGAGAGCCAAUGCAGCUGCAGCAGCUUUUGCUAUUGCUGCUAAGAAACAACAUAUGAAGAGUACCAACCAUUCGGAGACUCCAAUAGCACCUACUACCCCUGUGAAGGCCCAGGGAACGUUAAACGUGACAGAAUGGAAACUGUUACCCCCACAUAAUGUGCUUUUGUUACAGGGCAUCUCAUCUCAACAUACUAAAGAUACGAUUUGCAAGAUAUUCGAAAGUAGCAAUGGGUUCACAAACGUGCGGUACGUUGGUGUUCGGAGGUUAGCAUUUAUUGAGUUCGAAAUAGAGGCAAUGGCUACUGCUUGUUUGGAAACAAUAGAGGGAAUGAUACAGCAAGAGUUUGGGAACGAUGCGCUUCUUUCGUAUGCAAAGAAGUAG